AUGCAGAGUACGCCCCCCGAGGUGUCUAACUUUGCCAACGAAAUAGUAUUUGUUCUCCUGUGCUCCAUGGGCCUUCUACUCUUCGGGGUAUUUCUCGGAGACGUUCUCGUGAAUCAACUCAUCUUUCCCCGCGCCCUGCAUGUCACCGAGGGGAGUACACCAUGGCUGGUGGGUUCGUUCUUGUUAGCGAAUGGAGUGGCUGUGAUCAUCGCCGGGUCGGUGGCUGACCUCUCGGACCCGAAACCGCCUAUGACACUCGCCUUCGGCUGGCUAGUCAUCUGGAAUCUGGUCUUGGUGUUCAGCAUUCGCCCAGGACGCGCGGUCUUGUUCUUCGUGGCGCGGUCCAUGCAGGGAGUGGCCGUGGGGGUACUCCAGGCCUCCUCCAUGAGCCUCCUGGGCCGGCUGUAUGCACCCGGGGUCCGCAAGAACCGGAUCUUCUCCCUGAUGGCGGCGAUGGCUCCCAUCGGGUUCUUGAUCGGCUGCCUCAAGGGUGGUGCGCUGGCGGCCCAUCUGCCCUGGAUCUUCGCCGCAAACUCCAUCCUCUGUGGCCUAUGUGUCCUCGCGUCAAUUUGGUGCAUUCCUUCAUUUGCACCCCAGCAUAAUAGUACAAUCCUCAAGGACUUCGAUGCCAUGGGGGCCGUCUGCGCCGCGGCAGGCUGCGGACUCGUGAUCUUCGGCCUGACGCAAGGCGCGCCCACCGGCUGGCAGCCAUAUACGUAUUCCAGCAUCAUCGCCGGGAUGCUCUGUUUUGGGCUGUUCUACCUGGCCGAGCAGCGGGCCGCACGCCCGUUGAUCGACAACCGCCUCUGGACAACUCCCGGGUUCACCUCCUUGGCAAUCUCCUACUUCCUAGGCUACGGCGCCUACAUCGGCGGCUGGAUGUUCUACGCCGUGCGCUUCUUCCUCUCCACCCAGCAGAAAGCCCCCAUCACAGUCGCACUAUACCUGAUCCCCAACCUGGUGUCCGGAGUCGCAGCCACCUGGGUGGUCUCGCGCACGCUGCACGUCGUUCCCGGUCACUGGCUGCUUGCCGUGGGGAUGAUCGCUUUCACCAUGGGCCCGGUCUUCUUCCUACCGCAGACCGCCCACACCACCUACUGGGCGCUGGCUAUGCCGGGAAUCACCCUCGUCACAUUCGGGCCGGACCUGACCUUUGCCGCUGCCUCCAUCUUCAUCACCUCAAGCGUGCCGAAAUCCUUCCAGGGCGCCGCGGGCAGCUUGUUGGUGACCAUCCAGAAUCUGUCUGCGGCCAUUGGGACCGCUCUGGCGGAUACCGUUGGGCAGCGCGUGAAUCCCGGCGCGGGGUAUGAUCUGGAUUUGGGGGCUUUGCGCGCGAUCUGGUGGCUUAGUCUGGGGAUGGCUGUCGUGGCUGCACUUAUUUGUGCUAUCUUUGUGCGUAUUCCGAAAGCAGAGGAGAAGGAACAUGUUCUCUGA